UUCCAGCGUUCAUCCCUAAGCCUCAACCAAAAUAUUGACCUAGGCGGUUUAGAUAAGUUGGUCUCCUGCCAUCUGAGCCGCCUUCCCCCUUCGGUCCAUGCGCUGAGCGCUGCCCCCGGGGCUGCGCGGGAGCGCAGGCUGCGCGGGGAGAGGGGGAGGGCACCUAUCCCAUAGUUAUCUGUAUUUUAUUUCUCCGCUGCCUCGCAAGGCAAUGGGUGGAAAACGCACUUUGGAGUGCGGGGAAUAUCGGUGCGAGGCUCUUUGUAUGUAAAUACAGGGCGUAAAAACAAGGGAAAAGAGAAAAUAACCCCCUCCCUUCUCCCGGCGAGCCACACACACCCACCCCCCCCCCGCACCCGCGGAAGGGCCCUCCCCACGCCGGUAAUUAACUGACACGUUAUACCACUCAUCACCAAUGGUGGAAGCUCGGAGCUCGCCCAAAACCCGCAAUUUCACAUCUGCAAACACUGUCUUCAUCCACUUGACUCCCAGGACCCGCCCACACGUGGCCAACCUUGCCCGGGUUUAAUGUAGGUUUUUUUUCUCCCUCCUCUCGGCAGGUUCAUGUGUGGGGACCAGCCUUACACGGACUGCUCGCUCCAGCAAUGGCUCGGCUUCUCCAAGCGGCAGGCGCGGGCUCGGGGUGUUUGAGCAACAGCCAGAAGUGAUUUAUUUUUUCCUUCCAUUUUUCUCCUUUUUUUUUUUUAUUUUUUUUCUUUUCCUUUUUUUUUUUUGGUAUUUUUCUUCGCUCCCUCUUUUUUCUAUUUUUAUUUUUAAUUUUUGGCGUGUCUCUCCCCUUUUCCCCCUGGAGUUACAAACUGUUUCCGAAGCUGCUCCCGCUCUCUGAAUUUCCCCCCGUGGCACGACAAGCCCGUCCGUGGAAACCACCACCGCAGAGAUCCACCGCGGCGGCUCCGCGUCUUCUUUUGCACCAACCGCUUCGGUUAUCUCCCUAUAAACCUGUGUUCCCGUUAUAUUUACCCCCCCUUCCACGCGUGCCUCCCCCCCACCCCGCCCCGCUCCCCGCGGCCGUGCGCGGCGGGGCUGUCGCCGCUCCGCGUGUGCGUGGCCCCCGUGACACGGCGGGUCGGCGGAGCCGCUCCUCCAACUUCCCCUGCCUAAAUUUGGCCGGAACAUGUCUCUGACCAACACAAAGACGGGGUUCUCGGUGAAGGACAUUUUGGACCUCCCCGACACCAACGAUGAGGACGGCUCCGCUGCGGAGGGGGGUGAGGAGGAGAGCGAAGCGCCGGAACCCCCCAGGAAAGCGGGGGUGCUGGGGCAGACCCCCUUGGACGCUGUGCAGACGCUGCCUUUGAAGAACCCCUUCUACGAUAGCAGCGAUAAUCCCUACACGCGAUGGCUGGCGAGCGCCGAGGGCAUCCAAUACUCCCUGCACGGGCUGGCGGCGGGAGGCGGCGGCCAGGACCCAUCGGCCAAGUCACCGGAGCCGUCGGCAGACGAGUCACCCGACAACGAGAAGGAAGCAGCGGGCGGCGGGGACGCGGGGAAGAAGAGGAAGAGGAGGGUGCUCUUCUCCAAGGCGCAGACCUACGAGCUGGAGCGGCGGUUCCGGCAGCAGCGGUACCUGUCGGCGCCGGAGCGGGAGCACUUGGCCAGCCUGAUCCGCCUCACCCCGACCCAGGUGAAGAUCUGGUUCCAGAACCACCGCUACAAGAUGAAGCGGGCCCGGGCCGAGAAAGCGCCCAGUCCCUACAGCAUAUGCAAUACAACGCCCAGUACAGCGCGGCCAGCAACCCCCAGUACCCCACAGCACACCACUUGGUACAAGCGCAGCAGUGGACUUGGUGAAGGCUGGAGGGGAGCGCGCAUCCCCCCGCACCCGCGUACCCCCCAUACGCGAAAAGAGGAGGAAAACCCCGAAAUAAUAAAGCGAGACAGAGAGGGAGACAGACUGAUGCUCCAAAAAUGAAACUCAAAACUGCGGGGGAAGGGAUGGAGAGGGAAACGCUAUUAUUAUUAUUAUUAUUAUUGCUAUUAUUAUUAUGUUGUUUGGAUUUGUUUUUUGGGGGUUUAGUUUGGUUCUUUUUUCCCUCUCCCGUUUCUUUCCCCCUCUAUUUUUUGGGGGGCGGCUCGGUUUCAUUUCGGGGGGAG